GCUUUUUAAAUGUAAAUCAGUCGUGGCAUGUUUACUUGUUUUAUUGUUUAAAUUGUGUUUUUUUGUUUGUGUUGUGUGUAAAGGGUGGAAUACAUGAAAUUGUGUGAUUUAGAGUAAUUGAUUGGUGGUUUGAACUAUGGCAGCUUUAAUAGCUUCCGUCAAAUAUGCUGCGAAAACUCUAACAUCGUGGGGGGCUGGAAAAUGUACUUAUAUUUGUAUUUAUAUAUUUAUUUGUGGUGUAUUACAGCCUUGUAACACAUUAGCCUUACAAUAUACACAGCAAUCAAAAGAAUACAGCAAUAAGAAAGAAAUUGUUAGCACAAUGGUGGAUCCCAAGAGAGUGGUGAGUUACGAAGACAUGCUGAAGGUGAUCCAACAACCAGAAAAGGUUAUCAUUGAUGUAAGAAAUAUAGAUGAAAUAAAGGCAACUGGAAAGAUACCUUCAAGCAUAAAUAUUCCAUUGGGUGAAGUACAAAAUGUUUUAACAUCAAUGUCUGAUGAUGAAUUCAAAAAGAAUUUCCAACGGAGCAAGCCAACAUCAUCUGAUGAGUUGAUCUUCUACUGUCAGUCAGGGAGACGCUCCUCUGAAGCACUUGAUAAAGCUUUGAAACUUGGAUAUUCCAAUUCAAAAACAUACCUGGGUAGCUGGAAUGACUGGUCUAGUAGACAGCAAUAAUCAUAUUUUUUUUUGUGACUUACAAAGCAUAAUAUGACAUAAUAAGAAUAAACAUGGUGCUGGUGUUAUUUAUGAAUACAUAU